AACACGCCAUUUUAUUUUAUUACCGUAUAGUGCAAAAUUAUGCGUAGUCAGUCCGAAGAAAUGCUGUUAUUACUCGUUAUCGCUCUCAUUUUUUUGGUUAGUGUUCUUCUCUACUACUCGUCGAAGAAGCCUCACAAUUAUCCUCCAGGGCCACCAUGGCUGCCAGUCGUCGGAAGCUUGCCGUACGUACGCAGAUUCUCAAAACGCGUCGGUAGAGGUCAGCACGACGUACUACGGGAGAUGUGCAAGCACUGGAACACCAACGUGCUCGGUCUCAAGGCGGGCGAACAGCUCCUCGUCGCCGUCUGCGACUACCCCAUCAUAAAGAAGAUGUUAGACAGCGAGGUCUACAACGCAAGACCGAACAACUUCUUCGGCAAACUGCGCACGAUCGGUUCCGGUCCGGGCAUAACCUGCGCCGAGGGAAAGCUGUGGGUCGAGCAGAAGCGAUUCAUCGUCCGUCACCUGCGCGACAUCGGACUCGGCAAGGAAAUCAUGGAGGAAAAGAUUCGCGAGGAGAUCGAGGACGUCACCUGCGCGAUCGACGAACAGAACGGGACGGUCGAGAUCGGACGGCUCGUACAACCGGCCGUUAUAAACCUGAUCUGGUUCUUGGUCGCCGGAGCCCGCAUUAAGAAGAACGAGGCGCAGUUCGAAAGACUGCUCGAACUUCUGGAGCGAAGAAGCAACGUGUUCGACAUGGCGGGAGGGAAGCUGGGUUAUUUUCCCUGGCUAAGGUUCAUCGUUCCGGAAGCUAUCGGUUAUAAUUUAAUUAAGAGGCUGAACGCGGAGUUGAACGAGUUCCUAAUGGAGACGAUCGAGGACCAUCAGAGGAGGUGGGUGGAGGGUUGCGAGAGCGAUCUGAUGUACGCGUUUAUUACCCAAAUGAAAGCGAUGGGUGGCGCGUCCACGAAUUUCACCAGCGAGCAACUGCUGAUGGUUUGUCUCGAUUUGUUCGUCGCCGGUGCCCAUUCUACUAGUAGCACUCUGGACUAUGCCUUCCUGAUGAUGCUGCUGCAUCCGGACGUGCAGCUGAAGGUUCAACAGAUUCUAGACGCGAACUUCGGCAGGGAGCACAAGUUCAGCUACCCCGACUGGAGAAGAGUGCCGUAUGUCCAGGCCGUUCUACUCGAAGUCCAAAGGUAUUGUAGUGUCAUUCCAAUUGCAUCCCGUCGCGUUUACAAGGACGUAGUCCUGGAAGGUUACAACAUACCGAAGGACACAACGGUUUUAGUGAACUUACAGGCGGUUCUCAUGGACGAAACCAUUUGGGGAGAUCCUCGAGUUUUUCGACCCGAACGAUUUCUAGACGGAGACAAGCUCGCCUCGUUUGAUGAAUUCGUGCCGUUUUCCACAGGAAGGAGGAAGUGCUUAGGAGAACCGUUCGCCAAAACCUGCCUCUUUAUAUUUUUUGCGGAAAUUAUACGGAAAUAUUCUAUAGUUCCAUUAAAGGGAAGGCCUCUGCCGACGACGGCGCCACUGCCGGGAAUUAUAGCGCUACCGCAGAGGUAUAGCGCCCAGUUUAUACGACGCUCAGAGCUUUACGUUAAUAUUAAAGUAGUUUAGUG